CACUUCACGUGGAAUAAUAUCACAUUACAUCUUCCACGUCACCUUUGCUUAUUUCUCAAUUUAUUUAUUUUUACCACCAUUGAUACAUUUUGGUAAUGAAAGAAAAUCUUCGAAAACCGCCGGAGCAUUUUCCACUGGGAUCUCAUUCCACCAUUUUGCACGUACCCAAGAGCUCCACAAAUUAUUCGUUUCGAAUUCGAAAUAUUCAUAAUGUGAAGUGGAAACUUAACGUGGAAACUUUGAAUUCUGUGCCAACCGACAAAAUAAAUUUAAAAUUGUCAAAAGAACUCAACAAAAACACUGAUACAAACAAAAUUGACUCGAUUCAAAUAGAUUAUGGGUUUACCAUCAAAAACCACGUGAAUUCAAAUAAUUCUAUCGUAGUUAAAGGAACAUUUACAUUUGGAGGGAAUGAAAAUGAGCUGAAUGUGGAAAUGUCAGAAAAUGAAAAGAUUAUUGAAGACAGCAAUGGAUUUUAUGAUUUAAAAACUCAGAAACUGGAAUUAGAAUGCAGUUUUAUAGUUCGAUCGGCGGAGUUGUGUGAUUUUGUGGAAUAUCUCGAUUUGUACAAUUUUAAUCCAGUUAUUCAUGAUACGGAGGCCAAUGUGCUGGGAGUUCGAAUGUUUUUGAAUAAAAAGAUAAUCGCCCUACAAUCUCCCACAUUUCUUGCUCUGAUUGAAAAUCAAACGGUCUUGUCGUCAGAACAACUGGCAAAUUGCAAAUUUGAAGAUAUUCACGAUUUUCUUCAAUUAAUUCAUGGAGUGGAUCUUAGUUUGGAUGAAGACAAUAUAGAUACAUUUUUAAUGCUUGCGAAGCGGCUUGAUGUGCCACGUGUCAUAGAUUACUGUAAACGAGAGUUGAUUGCUGGAUGUGGAGGAAUUAGUAAAAAGAAAGUUACAGAAAUUGCGAUUAAAUGGGCUUUUUGGGAUGUUAUGCCUGAAAUCGUCGCUUCAGCACAUACUCUGGCAGAUUUGAAGAAACAAAACUGGGAUUUAAAUGAACUUCCACUGAAUGUUUUUGAUAUGAUUACUCGGAAAUGUUUUGAAUAAUUGAUGGAUUGAUUUUUUUUAAACGAUAAAUCAAUUUCUAUA